ACCUUCUCACCUAUACAGCCUGUCACAUUUUGCAUUAACCAAAGACCACAACAACACUCUCAAAUCGGAAAACCUAAAUCGGAAAAAUGAGGCAAUUCGAUCCAUGGCCAGUGUUCUUCCGCCGUGAAUGGAGCCGUAACUGGCCGUUUCUCGUUGGUUUCGCCGUCACCGGCGCUAUCAUCACCAAGAUGUCCCUCGGUUUCACUGAGGAGGAUGCGAAGAACUCCAAAUUUGCGCAGAGGCACAAGAAGUAAUUGAGUCUGUAUAUGCUCAGACUUCUUGCUAAAUGGAGGCUACUUUAUCAGAGGCGGCCUUUUCCUUUUUCUGUUUACUUCAUUUUCUAGACUGUCAACGAUUAAUACAUGUUGCAUAAAAUCCCUCAUGUUGGGAUAAAUUUGGAAGCUGUCUAUGAA